AGAGGUGGCUGGGCGGUCUCCCUGUCCGUUUGGAGGCCUCCGACUGGACAGCUUUAACCGUCGGGUGGAUUCUUACUGUGGAAUUUUUUUUUAAAGAACUCCACGGCCAUUUCACCAAAUCGAAAGUAUUGAUGCAAAAGUUGACGGUUCAAUUGAGUUUCUUUUGCACUUAAAGGACUUAUUUUUGGAUUAAGGUCGGACCUGCUCUUCAUGGGGUUUUAGGACGUAAAAGGGUGUCAUAUUCUACCUCAGGGAUCAGAUUUUUAUCAUUUCAAAGCGUGUCAUCCAAGUCAGCACGACUCAGCAAAUCUCAUGCGCCUACGCAGGUUUCUCAGGUUUAGGUUAAGUUCCAGUUUCACCUCAGGGAUUUCGAACUAAUCGACUUUACGUGUGGUAUCUUUCAAGACUUCACUUUUCACAACGCAAAUCUCAGGCAACAUCUGUAUUUUUGGCUUCAGAACCGCCCUAUGAACCCCAGUUGCCAUGGCCUCUGACAGUUUCCAGUACCGGGCCCUCUUUGAGUACAAGCGGGAGCGCGGCGAUGACAUCAGCCUCCAGACGGGCGACCUGCUCACCGUCCACAAGGCCUCGCUGAUGGCUCAGCCGAGGUUGGACUACCAGGACGGGGACGAGCGGAUCCCCAGAGGCUGGCUGCACGGCACCAACGAGAGGACCAAGGAGAAGGGAGACUUCCCAGGGACCUUUGUGGAGUAUGUCGGGGCGGUGAGGGUCGGCCCUCCGGCGGCUAAAUCCUGGUCCAGGCCCAUACCGCGGACCCCCGGGGGUUCACAGGCCGAUGCUGGAGCAACGGCUGCAUCAGGCGUGGAGGCGGAGCUUCUGUCUGCAGCGGCUCCUGUGGCUAUUCGGAGACUCAUCGAAGCCGUCGAGAAACACGGUUUGAACAACGAGUCUCUGUAUCGAGUUCCUCCAGCGUCCGGCGGACCCGCGGAGCUGCGUCAGGCUCUGGACUCAGAUCCAGUCUCCGCGGACCUGGACCAGUACGAUGUGGCUUCUCUGACCGAUGCCCUUAGAGGUUUCCUGCAGGACCUGCCCGCCCCCAUCAUCCCCGCCACAGUCUACAGCGAGCUGGUCUACACUGCUCAAGAGAGUCAGAGUGUGGAGGAGUGCGGAGAGAAGCUGAAGAGGAUCCUGGAGUCUCCCAGCAUCCCUCAGGCCAACCACCAGCUCCUGGUCCACCUCAGCCGACACCUGGCCCGGGUCGGCCAGCAGAACCAGGCCGGCCCCCGGCUUCUGGGACAGGCCUUCGCCGAGGCCGUCUUCAAGCACUCUCCUCUCAGCGCGGCCGUGAACCCGGAACAUCACGUCAGGAUCUUGGAGGCUCUUAUCGCAACCGGAGGUCUCAUGGAGAUGCAGGCUGCACCAGCUCUUCCUCCGAAGCCAGCGAAGCCACAGCAGUCCUCCUGCUCAGUCGGGUUGGGAGUGGGCGGCACCAACGGCACCAAGGACGGAGGAGCGGGAGGCUCGCUGCAAGAGGCCGAGUGGUACUGGGGAGACAUAUCCAGGGAGGAGGUGAAUGAUAAGCUCAGAGACAUGCCGGAUGGGACUUUCCUGGUUCGGGACGCUUCCACCAAGAUGCAGGGCGACUACACGCUCACACUAAGGAAAGGGGGAAACAACAAGCUGAUAAAGAUCUACCACCGGGACGGGAAGUACGGCUUCUCCGACCCCCUGACGUUCGCCUCCGUGGUGGAGCUCAUCAGCCACUACAGACACGAGUCUCUGGCUCAGUACAACACCAAGCUGGACGUCAAACUCAUGUACCCCAUCUCCCGCUUCCAGCAGGACCAGCUGGUGAAGGAGGAUAAUAUUGACGCUGUGGGGAAGAAGCUUCAGGAAUACCACAAUCAAUACCAGGAUAAGAGCAAAGAGUAUGACAGGCUGUACGAAGAAUACACCAAGACGUCGCAAGAGAUCCAGAUGAAGCGGACGGCCAUCGAAGCCUUCAACGAGACCAUCAAGAUCUUCGAGGAGCAGUGCCACACGCAGGAGCGCUACAGCAAGGACUACAUCGAGCGCUUCCGCCGCGAGGGCAAAGACAAGGAGAUCGAGCGGAUCACGAUGAACUACGAGAAGCUCAAGUCUCGGCUCGGAGAGAUCCAUGACAGCAAGGUGCGGCUGGAGCAGGACCUGAAGACGCAGGCUAUGGACAACCGGGAGACCGACAAGAAGAUGAACAGCCUGAAGCCCGACCUCAUACAGCUGCGCAAGAUCAGGGACCAGUACCUCGUCUGGCUCAAUCACAAAGGAGUUCGUCAAAAACGAAUUAACGACUGGCUGGGAAUCAAGAACGAAAAUACUGACGAAGGCUACUUCGUGAGCGAGGAGGACGAGAGCCUGCCCCACUGCGACGAGAAGAGCUGGUUCGUCGGGGACCUGAACAGGACGGAGGCGGAGGAGCUGCUCACCGGGAAGCCCGACGGAGCGUUUCUCAUCCGAGAGAGCAGCAAGAAGGGCUGCUACGCCUGCUCCGUCACUGUGGAAGGCGAGGUGAAGCACUGUGUGAUCUACAGCACCGCUCGGGGCUUCGGCUUCGCAGAACCGUACAACCUGUACAGCAGCCUGAAGGACCUGGUGCUCCACUACCACCAGACCUCUUUGGUGCAGCACAACGACUCGCUCAACGUGCGCCUCGCAUACCCCGUCUACGCACAGAUGCCCUCCGGACGCAGAUGAACCCCACCCCAGCCACAGAGACAACAAGCCAACCCCCACCCCCACCCCUCUUCUUGGGGAAUGGAGACCGGGGAGAAGGAGGGGAGGGGGGGAUUGGUUGAAAUACAAGGCGAGCCCCAACACCCGAUAAAGAUAGAAACAAAGUAAACACUCGCUGCAACACACACGUCAGCCGCCUUGGAGUUAUAUAUUUUUACAAGAACAAGUUCGGAGGGCAUUCUUUCUAAAGACUGCUUGAUUUGCACAAGGAAGUUUUAAAUGUUUGUGAAUGUGAAGAAGAAAAAAACGAGAAGAAAAAAAACACGACUGAAGGAAGGAGGAAAGGAAGCGGAGUAGGACACUUCAGAGUUUCAGAUUGACCCCGCUGCUACCUAAACUCCGGCUCAGACUUCUUACGGGAAACUCAAAAAAAACUAAACGCGCGAAAGACGACGAAGACGACUCCAAAACAUUCCCAAAUGUUUCUUUUUGGUUUCUUUCCCGGUAUUUUUCGUUUUUGCACCUCAGAUGAUUACACCACGACAUUUCUUUUUCGUUUAUUUUUUCCGUUUCUUGAGUAGUUUCAGAUGUCUCCUUUUUGUUCCCCGUAACUUUGUUCGUGGUACAUGCAAGAGGAGGCGGCGUCGAGUGUCUGUCCGGUCCCUCUCCGUACGAAAAAGCAAAAAUAAUGUAGCAUAACGAGACAACGGACACUCAUUUUAUGAAGUGUUCCUCCAUGGAGACUGCUGCUGAAGGGUUAGGGGGGGGGGGACACGCAAAAGAGUUGUGUAGUCUAAGAAGAAGGACAAAAGGCUUGCUUUUAUACUAACUAGAGGGGGUUUUGUAUUAUUUUUGCUUUGCUGGAACAUAGUUCGUUAGUUUUUUUUGCCAAUGUCACAGAUCAGAACCAGAGACCAAAGUUGGUGUGGAGGGGAGAGGGGGAGGGUAAAGAGUCAGCUAGUGUGUGUGUGUGUGCUUUUCUUUCUUUUUGUGAAUGGAGAAAAGAGCGAAGGAAAGGAGAUGAAUGGUGUGUUUGAAGACCACACAUAAAACCGAGUUUUGGGCCAUGUGCUUGCGCACCAAAUAGCCUUUUUGGAAAACCAAAUGGUACGUAAACAGAAACGCCAAGACCUUCUGUAAAUACAGACGGUGGAUUAUGAAGCACUUAAACGAGUCCCGUAUGUGGCCUCGGCACUCCGUCUUCACUCGCCGGGCUUUCCCCGAAGGGGGUUAGCAUUUGUUAGACUAUUUUCUACUUUAUCAACGUUCAAAUCCAAUAUUCCUCCCAGGCUCUGCGGCUCCAGUUCGGUCUUCUUUGCCAGAUGCGCAUUAAGGAGUUUGUGGAAACAUUGGAUUUAGAACCGGUUUGAUACAUGGCCAAACAGCGGAGCAAUACCACAUUCAACCACUUGGUGCCCUGUGAAUAAGACUGGUGGAUCGUUUGGUCCUUUUUUAUAAACCAACGCAUAAUUCUGGUAAUCCCGUUGUUAAAUUGCUGAUUACGAAUGCAAUACCAGCUGGAUAUGGCCCCCUGACGCCGUCGGCAUAGAUCGCCGAUGUCGGCUACUUUUCUGGUUCGGCGGUUUGCAUCAAACCGUUUUAAGUUUCUACGCCGAACCAGGCCGCCAAAACCGGAAAUUGGGCCCCCGACUCUUACAGGGAGCUCUGUGUGGCUGAAUCAGGGCUGAACAAACCGAGUGCUGAGGUCACAAAUGGUGCUACACCUAACUUAAACCAGACAACAACAACAACAACAACAACAACAAAGGUAACAAAUUGUCAGAUUCAGAUUGUCUGACAUGGGAACCUGAAACCCAUUUUAUGUGUGGUUUAAAAAAAUAUGUUCAAACGGCAUGAGUGAAAGAAACAUGAAGAUAAUGACUGUGGGUUGAAAAACUGGGACUGUUUGUGUUUUUGUUGAAAACCUUCAGAAAUAGUAAGCUUUGAUAAAAAGAAAAAAAGUUGAAAAAGAAACAACAACAUGUGUCACACAGAAAGCAGGUAAACGGAGGCCAUGUCCCGAGCUGAAGACGCAGACUUGAGAAGAAAACACUGAACUUGAAGGAACUUGAAGGAACGUGCAAUCUCGCGUUUGGUUAACGCAGUCCAGAGGUCACGGAGGUCGCGAGAUAAUCAGGAAGCGUUUGAGAGUGAAACUCAGUCUGUUUGUCCGAUUGCUUCGUUUACGCUUUUAUUUUGUUAUAGUUUUCUCUUUUCUUUUUCUUUUUUAAUUCAGAACUUCUUCCCAGUGCUUGACUUUAUAACCAGUGGAAGCAUUUGAUGUCGAAGACGCACACACAAAAAGCAUCACACAAUAAAAAAAAGUCUUCAAAAGUUGAAGAGAAGAAGAAGAAAAAAAACAAGUUGCAUUCUAUUCUUCCUAGAAAUUUGAAAUUCUGUCUUGCUGAUUGGCUGUUGUUGCAAUAAGAUGAUGCUCGCCCAUUGGCUGUUCCUUUUGUCGAGAGACAUCAGAGUCCACAGCCGUCCUCUCACUGCCUGUCUCACAAUCUGCAGCUAUUUAAAGGAUGGAAAGCGAAGGUCAGCAGAUGAUAUCUUGACCUUGUUAUUGGCAAACAAAGGCAGCUGUCCCAAACUGCUUCACACAACUUUAUUAUUAUUACAGGAUAACGUUUGCGAGGGCCUCGACCAAAAACUUCUUUUUUUUUAACGGCUGGUUACAAAGUCAGACAAAGCUUUCGCCAUCUCUGUCGAGUCGGAUAAGCCAGCUGCGGAGUGUAUGGGCCACACACACACACACACACACACACACACACACACACACACACACAGGUAUGUGUGAAUGAGAGCAACAGGUUGAAGGAAGAGGGCCAUUGUUUGAGGAGUCUUUGUGAAUGAGUGAAACAACCUUGGUUGUACCCACCAUGCGUUUAUCGCGAGCCCCGGUUCAAUGUCCUCCUCGAUACUCCCCGAGUCGUCCCCGCCCCCCCCCCGUUUAACUAGAGCUAAAGCAGCUGCGGAGGAAGAAAGGCUUCGUCGACUUUGCGGCAUCUGGGUCGAGAUGCCGGCCGUGUCCUACUUCAGGGCCCAUUGUCGAAUUCAGACAGGAAAUGGGACUUUUAGGACACUCGAGAGUUUGUAGGUCAAUAGGUCACCAUUUUCCAUGUCGCCGUCUGCAGGGAGUUAAAAAAAAAAAAAGCUUGUCUCGGACAUCCGACAGCAUGCGCCGCUCCGGCUACCGCCGCUCACGUAAUGUUUCAGGGAAAUCAGCGCCAGUGUUUGAGUCACAAGUAUCAUCCCCACUGGGGUCAGAGGGAGGACGGCCUCAGGAGGGCCAGGCCGCCGCCGCCGCCAUCCUCUGGACUCGUCUGCCUCUGAAUUGGGACGCGGCCUGUUGAGUCUUUUGUAUCCGUUGCGGUCCCUCAGUGACGCUGGUCUUUGUUCUUUCUCUUGGACUGAGAGGACGGCGAGGCGGGGUUUGCCGAAAUAAUCUUGAAUGUACAAAAAAAGGAUCGGUCCGGGUCCAAAGCAAGUUUUUCUUUUUGGGCGGG